GGGAUGUACUGUUAUGUGAUUGGAUGUAUGCUUUUUUAUUCGUGAUGUCAUAUCCUGGACAGUGACAAAUGAACUAUAUAUUUUUAUUUAUAUUUCUAUGCUUAGGCUGACGGAAAUAUACGCGUUUGAUUUGAUUUAUACUACAUAUCGGACGAUUGUUUGAAUGACGUGUGUAUCUUGUGUCAGCGCGUGAAGCAUUAAGUGUCCGCAAAAUGUCUCAGGGUGAGAAAAAGCACAUAAACGUUAUUCGUCGAUAAAAUGGACCGUCUCCUGAUGCUGAUGUAGGAGGGGACAUUACCUAUAACCUUUCCAAAUCCGCCACCCGUGGACCAGAAAAAACAGAACCCAAUAAAAUUGUUCUUUGAGCUGUCAGGAUGUCUAUCAUGGACCAUAGCCCCACCACUGGGGUUGUGACAAUUAUCGUUAUACUCAUUGCCAUUGCUGCACUAGGGGCAUUAAUUCUUGGUUGUUGGUGCUACUUGCGGCUGCAGCGCAUCAGUCAGUCUGAAGAUGAGGAAAGCAUUGUUGGUGAAGGUGAAACCAAGGAGCCCUUCCUGCUGGUCCAGUAUUCAGCCAAGGGCCCAAAGGUAGAGCACAAGACCAAGCUCACCCCUAAUGGCACUGAAAGCCACACCUAACUUUUUGUAUACAGACUAUCAGACUUUUUGUGUACAGACUAUCAUGUCUCGAAUCAUUUCAAAACCACUCAACACUGAUGUGAACAUCCCUUUUAAAUGGUGAAAGACAAACCUAUUGCAUGCAGUUGUUAAGUCACUUUGUUGUAAUGAGUUUUGAUUCCCCCAUUUUGUGGUGGUCUAAUAGAACCCUAUUAUAAUGUGAAAUUGAUGAUCGGCUGCGUUUGAUAUCACAUGCAAUGCGUAUUAUUUGUAGAGCUUGAACGAAGAUCUGACGCUUAACCAGGACAGAUUCUGUUUGUGCUGCUUUUGACCAGAGCUGGCUCUGGGCUUAAGAUGGACUGAUUGUACUGACCAUGUCAAAAACAUGGUCAGCUUUAGAUGAUUAUGAGGCUUUUUGUUCGCAUAAUAUAUUUUGCACUGUUGUUUGGUGAUUUUUAAUAAGAUGCUUUAAGCUUGUUUUUGUCGUCAUGUAUUAUGACUCACUUUAUACAUAAGUAAAAGUAAUAUAAGUCGUUCACAAUAUGACAAAUUGCCAAAUGUUGUAAAGUAAAAACCAAAUCAAUGCUCUUACAUUAUCAUGCUUUCAUAUGCAGUUUUUAUUUUUCAUUUGGCAUACAAGAGAUUUUGUUACAGAGAUUGCUCUUUUCGGUUCAGACCUGCUAGGAAGCCACAAUAUGAGUGAAAGCCAAUGACUGAAGCCUUUUUAUUGAUGUGGGGGCAUCAGAGGCAUUCGUUGUUGUGGUUGAGCACAUUUCUAAAUUGUGAGAUUGAUAAUUUUAAAGUGUAAAUAUUAUUUUUAUAGAUGGUCUGUGUGCUGUGCAGCCGGAUACAGAGUUCUUUCACAGUAUUAUUUUUUAUCAUUCAUUUAGUUUUUGUGUCACCGCAAAGAAAAAAAGAAAUGAUUUAUUUUUAUAUAGUGACCAUUCAAAUGUUGUCUAUUAAAAUGUAUUAAACAAAAUGAACAAUCAGGCCUUUAAACAGGUAGCCAAAACUAGAAUAUGCAACAAAAAUGAUUUCAUUGUCAUUACUUAUAUGAUUUAUACAUUUAGGGAACUGUCACUUACAUUUUUGUGAAUUUGAGAAUUAUUUGUUGACUUUACAGAAGCGCAAUCCAAAUGGACAGUACACGCAUGUCAACUUGAGGGUGUUUUGCCAGUAGGGUGAUCAGACAGUAUAUUGCUUGUAUUGCUCAGUCUGUCCAGUGUUUGUUUGACUCUACUUGAACAAUAAAAAAAUUCUACUGGGGAAAAUGUU